AUGUACCCUCUCAACCUCAAACCAUACGCUGCUGGUGGCCACUGCGCUGUGGCCAUCUGUCUUGGAGAGACUCCCCUCAUUGACUCAGAAAACGUCUGCGAUCUCGUCAAGUCUCUCCAGGAGAAGUUCAACGACAUCGCCUUCCUGAUCUGUGACGAAAUUCACAAGUACGAGAUGAUGAUACCUCGAAACAUGACAAUUACAAGAGCUCAACGACUGGCCAUCAAAAAGGGCGAUAAUAUGGAUGCGAUUCUCAAUACUGCGUUCAAGCGCCUUAGACAAAAUGACCAGCUCUCAUCCAACUUGACUAUCCUGCGCUGGUCUCAGAUCGAAGACCAGGACUAUCAGAAGGUUCACAAUAUCAUAUAUCAAUACCGGAAGAACUUUGUUGAGGAACUCCGCGCAAGUUCUGGGUUCUACAUCAAGCGUCGCUUAGCUGUCGCCACGUUGACCGAGGAACGACUUGAGAACUUUACGAAAUAUACCCUCGCUGAGCUUCCUGUUCAGCUCAUGGGAUUCAAUUACGACAAUCGCCAAUACACCACUAUCUUUCAUCCCGUUUACCCUCGGAAGAAUCCUGAUGGGUCAGCAGGCAACGUCAACUCUGCGUACGUCUCCCCGAUCGACACUGUUGUGCAGGCCUAUCGCAACAAUUCUGAUGUCGUUGGUGAUAUCUCCUGCUCGGUUCCGCAUAUGGAAGCUGGCAAAGUUAGUCGUGUAUUCUUUGACAGACCCGUUCCAGAGGAGGUAAAGGAGAAGCUUUGCGUAAAUGGUCUGGAUGCACCAUUGGUAGAGGCUGCGGUUAUCUCCUAA